GUUCCAGACUCGGGCCCACGCCCUAAAGGGUUAAAUCAUUUUUUUCAUGUUACCGAGCGGUUUAUAAGAAGGGGGGAGGCCAAGCCUCCGCCUCAUUGGGAGCCUUUUGGGGUUUAUUCUCUUCCCUUCUAACUUGAUUAAGAAUGACCCAAAAGAACUCAAAGCUUUGUUCCAGAACCAAUGUGUACACGAAAGUGCCUGAUGGAGGAUGGGGCUGGGCAGUAGCUGUUUCUUUUUUCUUCACUGAAGUCUUCACCUAUGGCAUCAUCAAGUCUUUCGGCGUCUUCUUUAAUGACUUAAUGGACAGUUUUGACGAAUCCAACAGCAGGAUUUCAUGGAUAAUCUCAAUAUGUGUUUUUGUCCUAACAUUUACAGCUCCCAUCUCCACAGUCCUGAGCAACCGCUUUGGACACCGUCUGGUGGUGAUCACAGGAGGAUUGCUCGUCAGCACCGGGAUGGUGGCAGCCUCCUUCUCCCAGGAGGUCUACCACAUGUACAUUUCCAUCGGGAUCAUCUCGGGUCUGGGUUGCUGCUUUAGUUUUCUCCCAUCUGUCACCAUUCUGUCACAGUACUUUGACAAAAGACGCUCAGUUGUCACCGCAGUUGCUUCUACAGGAGAAUGUUUUGCUGUAUUUGCUUUUGCACCAGCCAUCACGGCUCUGAAGGACCACAUGGGCUGGAGACACAGCCUCCAGUUCGUGGGCCUGCUGCAACUCAACAUCGUCGCCUGCGGUGCCCUGCUGAGACCCAUCGUCAUCCGAGCACCAGGGUCACCGAGAACAGUCACUCACGAGCCCCGGAAAGAAGUGCAAUAUAUGCUUGAAAAUGAGAAAACGCGAACCUCGAUAGACUCCAUUGACUCAGGAGUGGAACUAACUACCUCACCCAAAAACGUGCCUACUCAAGCUAACGCGGAGCCGGAGCCCAGGGCCGAGCAGCAGCAGACCCUGGUGGCUGGCACCGAGCAGGGAGGCAAGAGAGCCCCGCUGUUAGACUUCUCGAUUUUGAAAGAGAAGAGUUUUAUCUGCUACGCGCUGUUCGGCCUCUUCGCCACACUGGGAUUCUUUGCACCUUCCUUGUACAUUAUUCCCUUGGGCAUCAGCCUGGGCAUCGAGCGGGAGCGCGCUGCAUUUUUACUGUCCACAAUGGCCAUCGCUGAGAUGUUUGGGAGGGUCGGAGCCGGGUUGGUCCUCAACAGGGAGCCCAUCCGCAAGAUCUACAUCGAGCUCACGUGUGUCAUCUUGCUGACAGUGUCUCUGUUUGCCUUCACUUUUGCUACUGAGUUCUGGGGUCUCCUGUUCUGCAGCGUGUUUUUCGGCGUUAUGGUUGGGACGAUAGGAGGCACCCACAUCCCGCUGCUCGCCGAGGAUGACGUGGUGGGCAUCGAGAAGAUGCCUUCUGCAGCUGGGGUCUACGUGUUCAUUCAGAGCAUCGCGGGGCUGGCGGGACCACCCCUGGCAGGCCUGCUGGUGGACCAGAGUAAGAUAUACAGCAGAGCCUUCUACUCCUGCGCAGCUGGCAUGUCUGUGGCUGCUGUGUGCCUCGCCCUGGUGAGACCGUGUAAGAAGGGACUGUGCCAGCAUCCCCACGCACACGAGACCAAGUCAGAGAGCCACCGCAGGAAGGCCCUACAGGACAUACCCGAAGACUUUCUGGAAAUGGAUCUUGGGAAAAGUGAACACAAAGCUCAUGUGAAAAUGGAGCCGGUAUGACACAUCUGCAUGGAAGAGCGGCCACUGUGUUGCCUGAGAAGGGGGCACAGGGAGGCACAUGCGCUAACCACUCGACUCCACUUUCACAGCUCCAUUUUAAAGGGAAUGUCUAUGUGAACAGCACUACCAACAUCUUUUCUUUUUCUGUAAGUUUUCCUUUGUGUUUUUUAAGCCAAAACAUGAACAACCAAACACUUUUCCACGUAUACAUCUGGUCCUAUUCAGUAGCAAUACAAACAUACUCGGAAGGACUCUGGCUUGAAAUUCCAGCAUUGAAACAGUGACAUACAUUAGCAACAGGUCUGUAAGAGCGCUCACCUGUGAUAAACUACUGUCACAUCUGGUCCAGGUCAUGGAGAUGAAAUUGGCUGUUCCAAAAAGAAAAAAAAAAAAAAAAAACCCUCAGAAUCAUUUUUUUAAAUCCAAUUUUCAGAAAUAUAUGUAAAUUGUUUCUUAAAUAAUUUCAAAAAAUACUGAGGUUUCCAUUAACAAAGUAUGGCCUCUGAAUUCUGUAAAUGUUGCAUGGAAAUGAAGCACAGUUUAAGACCAAACAUUUGACUCCUAUGCAAAAAUGAAACAUUUUUUAAUACAGAAAACUUGCACCUCAUCAAUGUGGAGAUGGCCACCGCUUUUCAUGGCCAGUCAUCACCAGAAGUCUUUCAGUAUACAUGCUAAAUUGCAUUCAAAAAGUGUUUCCUGUUGCUUUUAAUUACUCAGAGAUAUGUGACUGUAGUGUCUUUAAUUUAAACUGGUAUUUAUUAUUAAGUUAUUUUAGGAUGGUUAAAAUAAUCAAAAGAAAUAAAAGGUAAUCUGAGACUUAAGCAGCAUUCUUACCUCCUUUCUGCAAUCCUUCAAAAUGCCUCAAAGAACACUUGCAAAGUUUCUCUCGUAAAAGGGCAAGUUGGAAUGAUUCUUAAUUUCAUUAAAGGCAGUGUGUGCUAUUUAGAGGAGGGAGGGGAUAACAGAUAACAAAUUGCCUUAGCUUUUAAAUGAUCAUGUUUGUCACCUGAGAACACUUGAGGAUCUUCCAUCAGAGUUAUAUUUCAUUGAAUUGUUGGAACAUUUCUGAUUUUUUAAAAAAUCAUUUAACUGUUGAAACAUUUCUGCAUUUGAUUUGGAAGUAGCAGAGACAUUUGUGUUACUAUUGCAAGUUACAAGUUGUAAUUUACAUCUCAUUGUAAUUUACAUCUCACGAAGAAUUUGAUUGACCUAAGUCGCCAUGGGAGCCAGGUACACUGGUCCUUGCUGUUUUAGAGUCACACUACAUGUACAGCAUUUUCUGUAAAAGUGGCAAGUGUGGGGAUUAAAAGGGGGGUGGGCUGCCUCCUUACCUACUUCACUGAAUCUCACCCUACAAGAGAUGGCCAAUGCUUGCUGUUCCAUCUUUUUUUUUCAUCUUUACUGUUAAUUUAUGACAACUCAGGGGGAAAACAAAACAAGCCUAGUUGGGUUACAGGUACACACACACACAAGCUUGAAUAUUUCUCUGCACUGAAUGAAAGUGGCAUAGUCCAUCACCGCCAGCUACGCUUUGUACAGUGGUUUCUUUCUUUUUUUUUUUUUUUUAAUCAGCCAUAGAAGUAGGACAAUCUGUAAAACUGUGGGGAGGGUGAGGGAAGCUAUGACAAGGUAUCUGGCAUAAACCAGACACCUAAACAAGGUGGACGUAGCAAUCCUCCGUCACUGCUUGAGAGAAGCUGGUGGUGGUUUUGCAGACAUACACGACUUCAGCACUUUACAAUGUAUUUUACAAUGUAUUUUGUACUAUGAAUGUUCAGUACAAUUUAAUAUUUAUAACUGAUUUCUGAGGGAUCUGCUCUGUGUCCAUUCUGUUAACUGCAUGAGAAAAAAAAAUGUAUGCCAAUUUCAGUAUGUCAACAAUCAAGGGUUAAAAUGUCUGGAAGAAAAUAAAAGACAAGAUUGCUGACUUGCUCUGUAUUAGUUAGUGACACUCUGGUACUUUGAGAUUUUGCAAUAAAUUUAUGGCUUUUUAUUUA